UUAAUUAGAAAACCCAGGGCAGCAGGAGAAGCAAAAUCCGCUGGCAGUUGAAGUUUUCUUGAAAAGAGAAAGAGAGAGAAAGAGGAGGAGGCGAAGGGAGAGAGCGAGAGAAAAGGAGCACAUUAUUACUGAUACUUGCUUGCCUGUCUCGGUCCUCUCCAUCUCCUCCUGUUACUAUGGCAACACCUCAACAUGAACACACAACACAGAAGUCCCAGAAACAUAAAAUAGGUCACUUAAGAGUGGAUGAACAAGGAGAAGUGACAUACAAAAAGACACCCUCUAGCACUUUGAUGGCUUCAUUACAGUUAGGACUACAACACUCAAUUGGUGGUUUGGAGCCAAAGCCUAGACGUGAUAUACUAAUGACUGAUUUCAAUGUUAUUGAAACUGUGGAUUUCCCUAGUGGUGGUAGUGCCAUUACACAGGCUCACAAGUAUAAGGACUUCACGUUCACAACCUAUUCUCCGGUGGCCUUCAGGUUCUUCAGAGAAGCUUUUCAAAUAAAAGCUGAAGAUUACCUGCUUGCCUUGUGUCAUCAGUCAUUGAGAGAGUUAUCCAAUCCUGGUGCUAGCGGGUCACUGUUCUACCUUUCAGCUGACGACGAGUUUAUCAUUAAAACAGUUCAAAAGAAAGAAGCUGUUUUCUUACAGAAACUGCUACCAGGAUACUAUCUAAAUCUGACACAAAACAAGAGAACGCUGCUACCCAAGUUCUUUGGUCUCUAUCAAUAUAAAUGUGGUGGUGUGAAGAUUAGGAUAGUUGUAAUGAAUAAUCUCUUACCUUCUUCCCUCCAUUAUCACUGGAAGUUUGAUCUCAAAGGAUCAACUUACAAGAGAAGAGCAUCUCCAGCCGAAUUAGAAAAGAAGAGCCCAACCUUUAAAGAUCUUGAUUUUAAUACACAAUUGCCAGAAGGUCUGUGGUUGCCUCCUGACAAAUACGACAUUCUAAAUUCAACAUUAGUUCGUGAUUGUCAGGUACUAGAGUCUUUUGGUAUAAUGGACUACAGCUUGUUACUGGGAGUGUACAAUGUGGAUGAGGCCGUUAGAGCAGGUGAGCCGCCUCCCACUCCUACAACAGAGACAGUGGGGGAACAAGCAGGAGCUGCUGAUGGAGACAUGACAGGAGGAGGAGGAGGAGAGACAGACGAGAGAGAAAGAUCCAGAACAUUCCUUCAAUCAAGGAUUGAAGCUAGAAAGAAUUUCAGUAUAUUUAACCCGGAGACCUUAGCCAGUGAUACUGACCUACAGGAUUUCCCCACACCUGGAUACCCGGAGGGGUAUAUCCAAGCUCGUACUAAAGGUGGUGACAGGUUGCUGUUGUAUCUUGGGGUCAUUGAUAUCCUUCAAAGCUAUAGACUAAAGAAGAGAUUGGAGCAUGGAUUUAAAUCAAUAAUUACUGAUGGGGACACUGUGUCUGUUCACAAUCCGUCAUUUUACGCUCAAAGAUUUCUCACAUUUCUGAACGACGUUGUAUUCAAGAAAGACAGAGUUAAAAUAAGACCAAGGCGUAAUUCAACGAUAGCUCCCUCUAAAGGUCCCAGGAGACAGACCUCAGUCCAUCCAUCGUCAGGCGGUACUUCUCGUCAUCAGCUCCAGCGCCAAUCGAGCAAACAAAAAAGUACUUCCCCGCCACGCCCAAGCAGUCCGCCCCGCUCUCCUCACGUUGUCCCUCACGACGAUAUAACGGCCACCAAAUCUGACACAUCUUUAAAGAGAAGCAGUGGUUCAGGCUCGAAAGACCACACCCCUCACCACACCCCUCAAUUAGAGCCUCACGAUACAUCGAUUGAACUAAAUGAGGUCCAAGUCGUUAUAGAUGAUCGCUCAUCCUCCUCGCCAUCGAGGAAAGGUAGCACUGGGAUCAGAAUCAAUACCAGUACUCCAAUUAACGAAUUAGACGAUUCUCCUCUACCUCUUAUCAGCAGUAGUGCAUCCAUUAUUGUUGAUGGAACCUAUUCUAAAGAUGGCGGCGGGAGCGAUAGAGGGGGAGGGGAAGGAGGGAGUGGCCGUCAAGACUCUUCUAGUGAUUAGGAGGUGUGGGCGGGAUACAGAGUUGGUGUGUGUAUCCCCCCAGCCUCUUUUCUUAAUUUAUUGUGUCAAUGUUUUAACAUUUCUGUGUCAUGCAUCCUUGUU